AUGAUUAUCUUCGCGCAAAGCCGCUGCCAAGCUAUCCACGAGGCCGCAAGAACAGGUGUCGGUAUGCGCGAGGCGUUGUUGGGUCAAAAGCGUUAUAUUGAUCACCUUGACGACUGCGGACAAACAGCGCUGCACCUUGCCAUAGCUCGCGGUCAUGUCGACGCCCUGGAUUUGCUGCUGGAGGCCAAGGCAAACACCAAUCUCGAGAACGUCGAGCGGGAAACGCCCCUGAUGCUGGCGACUAGGCUGGGCUUGUCCAACAUGUGCAGCAUGCUUGUCAAGGCUGGCUGUGAUGUAGACAAAGUAAAUGUCAUGAAGGGUCUCAAGCCGGACGGCAUCUUCAAGGCCACAGUAUGGGACAACUUCCUGCUCAGAGUUGAUAGGCCGGGUUUUGACCAUUUACGUUGGCCGCGUGACUCGGCAUUCUGUAGGAGUUUCUCGCAAGUGUUUGUUCGCAUGAGGAACCACGUCCUUGACGAAGACAUCAAGGCCUUGCGCAGCAUGGUCCAGUCUCUGGAGUCGCCUGACCCGCGCAACGCAGAGGAACAGCUAUCGCAUCUGCUACACGAGAAAGAAGCCUGGGGCAGAUUCGACUUGGUCUCGACGUAUCGGGCCAUCAUGAUCCAGCUGCAGGAGAAGAUGUGGCAGGCCGCCAUUGAGUCGAUCGAAGAGCACAUCGAAGUUUUGAUGGACGAGAUGAUUUCAUCACCUUGGGAGCUCGAAAGUAAGGUCUGGAAGUUGUCUAAAUUUCUCCACCUCCUCGAACCCGACGCCGGCAACAUUGAACGCGACACGCACAACGAAAGAAUGCAAGCAGCGGCUGAAGGAAGUACAAACGCGAACUUGGAAGACAGCGUUGAGGGGGCCACGGACAUCGACAGUGGGUGGGACGCUGUCAGUGAGGAUGACGGCGAUGUAGCAGACGGGUACGACAAAGAUAUACGCAGUCGAACACGGAGAUUGCGAAGAUACGCGGCAUUCCAAAGACGGCUUGCGCUGGAUCAGGCGAAACUGCGGCGCAGAAAUUGGCAUACGGCGCAGGCAAAUCCAGAGUCGGACGGCGGCUACAGCUCGUCCGGGGAAAGCGAAGAGCGGGACGAAGAGGCCGAGUCUGUGUCGUAUAAGACAAGUGACGGAGAGGCCAGUGUCGAUGCGAUCUAG